AUGAAUAGUAUUUUAAUAGGAAAUGAUGGUACCCAAUACUUAAUUAAAAAUCAACUUGGUAGUGGUUCAUUUGGUACUGUUUAUUAAGUGACAGAUCUAGCAAUGAAUAAAGAUUUUGCUUGCAAAAUAGUGAGCUAUAAAUAAUAUUUCUAGAUUUCAAAGGCCCUGCUCUAAAAAUAUAAUGCUGAAAAGAUGGUUCGACAAGAAAUUUAUAUUCAGUCAACCAUUGCCCAUAGAAAUAUUGUCAAGGUAAUUGACUCCUUCGAAGAUAAUCAUUACAUUUAUAUCAUUUCUGAAUUAUGUUCUAGAGGAACCUUGAAACAACCACAAAUUCCUUAUUAAGAGAAAGAAAUUUUCAACAUUACACAUUCAAUACUAUGUGCUCUUGAUUGUUUACACUCCAAUAAUAUAGUACAUAGAGAUUUGAAGGUAUUAUUAUGUUAAGUUAUCCCUCUAUUAUAGCUGGAAAAUAUCUUCAUUAAUGAGGAAGGAACUUACAAGUUGGGAGACUUUGGUUGGGCCACUUACAUAGACAAAAUCUAGCCAGUGAUAUGCGGCACAACUGAAUAUAUGCCUCCUGAAGUGGUACUCAAACAAAAUCAUGAUUUUAAAGUGGAUUCUUGGUCUCUAGGCGUUUUGAUAUAUGUAAUUUCUCCAAAUCAUAAUUGAAAGAUUUUAGUUCAUACCCACUACCCAUUUAGAGCAUAAUCACAAACAGAAUUGAUAUCAUAGAUUACAAAAAAUGAAGUUGUUGUAUAGAAAGGAAUCGAUGAAGACUUGUAAAUUUUAAUUUUAGCCUUAUUAACAAAAGAUCCCCAAUAAAGACCAACUAUAUAAUAACUCUUCAUGAGUAAAUGGGUUAAAAAGCAAAUGAAACUUUACAACAUUUUCAAUAAAUACGAGAAUCAGCAGUUGAAAAAUAAGACAUUAUCCAAAAACCUUGCAAUUAAAAUUAUUGAUGUUAAGUAAUAUUUCUUAAGUUAUUGAAGUGGAUCAGUGAAGAAGUGUAUGGCUGAUAGUUAGAAGAGUUCACUAACAUAGAGUACGAACACUCAAAUAAGCUCAUCCAACAAUUGUUCCCCCUUCCAAAGUAAGGUCAAUAUUGAGCAUAUUUUUACAUUUAAGGACGACGACAACAUCAUAUCUGUUCCAUAACCUAAAUUUGGUUGA